AUGUAUUUCAUCCAUGUUUUUCUCACAUGUCUAGCUUUCGCACUAGCUGAUGAUCAACCCACUAUCGUAUUACCAAAUGGAAAGAUUGCAGGUUCGCUCAGUAGAACCAUCAGGUACCAGGUACCAUUUUAUUCCUACUUGGGUAUACCUUAUGCUGCACCGCCUGUAGGCAAUUUGCGAUUUCAGCCACCACAGCCAGUUCAGAAUUGGGAUAAUAUUUUUCAAGCUACCUCGAACAGUAAAAUAUGUUACCAAAGUCAGUCAAAGUUACAUAGACCUCAAACUGAAGACUGUCUUUAUCUGAACGUUUAUACCACAAUUCCACCAAGUGAAAAUGCUAGUCUUCCCGUUAUGGUAACCAUUUAUGGUGGCAGCUUCACUCAUGGAUUUGCUUCUGUUGGUACUGUUGGACCAGAUUACUUUUUAGAAAAUGACAUCAUCGUGGUGUCAUUCAACUACAGAGUUGGACCUUUCGGUUUCUUGUCUACAGGCGAUGGGGUGAUCCAUGGUAAUAUGGGACUGAAGGAUCAACUUUUCGCUAUCAAAUGGGUCAAAGAGAAUAUCCAUCUAUUCGGGGGAGAUCCUGAUAAAGUUACCAUCAGAGGACAAAGCGCAGGAGCAGCAUCUGUCACGUACCACAUCCUAAGUCCCAGUUCAGCAGGUCUUUUCAGGGGUGCAAUAGCCAGUAGUGGCUCUGCCAUUUGUAACUGGGCUAGCGAAAGACCGAAUGGACGAGAAAAAGCGUAUAAAAUCGCUGCCGAGAUGGAUCCUAGUUUCAAAAAAAGCAAUUCCACCCAAGAUAUACUAGAAUUGUUACUCACCAUAGACCCAAAAAGGAUCAGCGAAACAAAAUUUGUAGUAUGUCUGAAGAUCUUCUGCACG